GGCCAUGGAUCCCAACAGGAUCAUCCAGGCGCUCAAAGGCACCAUCGACCCCAAGCUGCGCCUGGCGGCCGAGAAUGAGCUCAACCAGUCCUACAAGAUCAUCAACUUUGCUCCAAGCCUACUGCAAAUAAUUGUUUCUGAUCAAGUGGAAUUCCCAGUGCGACAAGCAGCUGCCAUUUAUCUGAAGAACAUGGUUACGCAGUACUGGCCGGAUCGGGAGCCGCCACCCGGAGAAGUGAUAUUUCCAUUCAACAUUCAUGAAAACGAUCGGCAGCAGAUUCGGGACAAUAUUGUGGAAGGAAUUAUUCGUUCUCCAGACUUAGUGAGGGCCCAGCUAACAAUGUGCCUCCGUGCCAUCAUCAAGCAUGAUUUCCCAGGUCAUUGGACAGCCGUGGUGGACAAGAUAGGCUAUUACCUGCAGUCUCCCAAUAGUGGGAGCUGGCUGGGAAGUCUGCUGUGCCUGUACCAGCUAGUGAAGACCUAUGAGUACAAGAAAGCCGAGGAGCGAGACCCCCUUAUCGCCGCCAUGCAGAUAUUCCUGCCUCGGAUUCAGCAGCAGAUGAUCCAGCUCCUUCCCGACAACUCCCAUUACUCGGUGCUCCUUCAAAAGCAGAUCUUAAAAAUUUUCUAUGCACUUGUCCAGUAUGCACUGCCACUUCAGCUGGUGAACAACCAAACCAUGACUCAGUGGAUGGAGAUCUUCCGGACGGUCAUUGACAGGAACGUGCCUGCUGAAACUCUGCAGAUCGAUGAAGACGACCGACCAGAGUUGGUGUGGUGGAAAUGUAAGAAGUGGGCUUUGCGGAUUGUCGCUCGCCUUUUUGAAAGGUAUGGUAGUCCGGGGAAUGUAACAAAAGAAUAUUUUGAAUUUUCCGAGUUCUUUUUGAAAACCUACGCUGUUGGAAUCCAACAGGUACUGCUAAAAAUCUUAGACCAAUACAGACAGAAACAAUACGUCGCGCCUCGUGUCCUUCAGCAAACAUUAAACUAUCUGAACCAAGGGGUUCAUCACUGUAUAACCUGGAAGCAGAUGAAGCCGCAUAUACAGACUCUCUGUGAAGAAGUGAUCUUCUCCCUGAUGUGUUACAAAGAUGAGGAUGAAGAUCUCUGGCAGGAGGACCCCUAUGAGUACAUUCGCAUUAAAUUUGAUGUGUUUGAAGAUUAUGCAUCCCCCACAACAGCGGCUCAGAUUCUUCUGUAUACUGCAGCAAAAAAACGAAAGGAGGUGUUACCCAAAAUGAUGGCAUUUUGCUAUCAGAUCCUCACUGAACCGAGCGGGGACCCGAGGAAGAAAGACGGAGCGUUGCACGUGAUAGGAUCUCUAGCAGACAUUCUAUUGAAGAAGGGUAUAUUCAAGGAUCAAAUGGAGCUGAUGCUACAAAAUCAUGUCUUCCCAUUGUUCAUGUCCAGCCUUGGUUAUUUAAGAGCAAGAUCUUGCUGGACUCUUCAUUCCUUCAGCACAUUGAAGUUCCACAAUGAGCUCAACCUGAGGAAUGCUGUCGAGCUGGCCAAGAAGAGCCUGAUUGACGACAAAGAAAUGCCAGUCAAAGUCGAGGCUGCCAUAGCCCUGCAGUCGUUAAUCAGCCAUCAGGAUCAAGCAAAAGAAUACGUUAAGCCCUACAUCAGGCCUGUCAUGCAGGAGCUGCUGCUCGUCAUCCGGGAGACGGAGAAUGACGAUCUCACCAACGUCAUCCAGAAGCUGAUCUGUGAAUACAGCCAGGAAGUAGGAUCCAUUGCUGUUGAAAUGACGCAGCACCUGGCAGAGAUAUUCGGCAAAGUUCUUCAGAGUGAAGAAUAUGAAGAAAUGGAGGACAAAACUGUCAUGGCCAUGGGAAUCCUGCACACCAUUGACACCAUCCUGACAGUCGUGCAGGUCCACAAAGAGAUAACUCAACAGUUGGAGAGCAUUUGCUUGCAGAUCAUCGGCCUCGUCUUGCAGAAGCGUGUAAUAGAGUUCUACGAAGAAAUCCUCUAUCUGGCGUACAGCCUAACCUGCCAUGUGAUUUCGCCUCAAAUGUGGCAGCUUCUAGGUGUCUUAUAUGAAGUGUUUCAGCAGGAUUACUUUGAGUACUUUGCAGAUAUGAUGCCUCUUCUGCACAACUACAUCACUGUUGCCACGGAUACAUUAUUGUCAAAUCCUAAACAUUUAGAGAUAAUUUAUGCUAUGUGUAAAAAGGUUUUAACUGGGGAUGCAGGUGAAGACGCAGAGUGUCACGCCGCCAAGCUCCUAGAGGUCAUUGUUCUGCAGUGCAAAGGGAGGGGUAUUGACCAGUGUAUCCCACUCUUUGUAGAAGCUGUUCUGGAGCGUUUAACGCGAGGGGUGAAAACCAGUGAAUUGCGCACGAUGUGCCUCCAGGUUGCCAUUGCUGCCCUUUACUACAACCCCGAACUCCUUUUGCACACUCUAGAGAACAUCCGGUUUCCUCACAACCCCGAGCCCAUCACCGCACAGUUUAUAAACCAGUGGAUGAAUGACACCGACUGUUUUCUCGGACUUCAUGACAGGAAGAUGUGCAUCAUAGGGCUGAGUAUCCUGGUGGGGCUGCCCGCCCGCCCCCCUGCCGUUGAUGCGGUGGCAGCCCAGAUUGUCCCGUCGGUUCUGCUGCUGUUUCUGGGCCUCAAGCAAGUCUGUGCCACCCGGCAGCACACCGAGCACGAAGAGCACGCUAAAGCAGAAAAGAAUGACGCGGAAGAUAAUGAAGAGAUCCAAAGCGAUGAAGAGGAGGCAAACGAAGUAAGCCAGGAAAUGCAGGAGAACCACGCGGGUGGAGGCAGCAAUGCAGGAGACGAAGAUGACGAAGAUGACGAGUGGGAUGACGAUGCGUUGGAAGAGACGGCUUUAGAGGGCUUCAGCACCCCUAUCGACCUGGAAGGGGGCGUGGAUGAGUACCAGUUCUUCGCACAAGCGCUCUUAGCGGUACAGAGCCAAGACACAGUCUGGUACCACUCGCUGACAGCUCCACUCAGCAACGAUCAGAAGACGCAGUUGCAGGAAAUCUGUGCGUUAGCCGAACACCGGAGGACUUCCUCAGAAUCAAAGAGGAUAGAACAGCAGACGGGCUACACAUUUGAUAACAAAGGACUGGUCUCUUCCUUUAACUUUGUUCCAGGCAGCAACUGAAGUGGGUGGAAAAAAGCCGGAAAGACUCUGCAGAAUAGCUCA